AUGAAUGCUAAGUGGUUGAGUCAGGAGAUUGAUAAGUCUUUAAUUGACAAUCCUAAUUUAAAAGUGCAAGACAUACGUAGUAAAGCAUUAAGGAAAUGGAAUACAAAUGUGUCAAUUUCAAAGGCAAGGAGGGCAAAGUUGAUUGCAUCCCGACAACUGGAAGUAGAUUACAAAGAACAGUUUAAAAUGAUGUAUGACUAUGGGCAUGAGGUGUUGAGGCCCAUUGUAUGUUUAGAUGGGUGUUUUAUGAAAGGUCAGUUUAAGGGGGAGGUAUUUACUGCUGUUGGUAGAGACCCAAACGAGCAAAUGCUACCACUAGCCUAUGCAGUUGUAGAAGUGGAAAACAAAGAGACUUGGACGUGGUUUUUGCAAAUACUAAUUGAACACCUAAGGGGAAAUGAAGUCUGUGGGAGGUGCACGUGGAUGUCUGACCAACAAAAGGUUUUGGUCAAGAUCGCACUUCACAGCUGGUCUGCUAGAAAGAUAUUUGAGGUUAGCCACAGUUCAGCCAUUGACAACAAGUUCAAGGUGGACCUGGACACUCAUGACUGUAGCUGCAGAAAGUGGUUGAUCAGUGGCAUCCCAUGCUGUCAUGCAAUUGCAGCAAUGAAUUACUCAAGUUUAGACGCAGAAGAUUUUAUACCUACGUGCUUUAGAAGAUCGACAUAUGAAGAAGUUUAUGCCUCCAUAAUUUACCCUGUCAAUGGCCAUUUGCUAUGGGAAAGAACGCCCUAUCAUGAUGUAUUGCCACCAAUUAAGCGGAAGUUACCUGGGAGGCCCAAGAAAAAAAGGAGGUUGGAGGCAUGGGAGCUCACUAAAGAUGACACUCAAAUGCAUGUUGGUGGGCACAUCAAGAAAUGUAGCAUAUGUCGUCAGAGGGGUCACAACAAAAACAAUUGUCCUUUAUGUCCUCAACCAACAGAAACAACAGAAAAUCAACCAUCACAGCCAUCACCAAGUACCCAAUCCUCUGGAUCAUCGCAGGAACAACCAAGUACCUAA